CAAACACCAUCAUUGAUUUCACAUACUCGUAAUGUGUGCUACUGUAGCUUGGCUGUGCAGUGGAUCAAUUGGUAACUGUUCCAGCUUUCACCCACAGGGCUAGAUACGGUCCUGGAUUUCUUCCACGGUUUCUCAACACGUGCCCCGGACACUUAUGAUAUUUUCAGCUGGAUUUUAUUCGAUUCUUGGAUUAACUAAAUGGAUUAUUAUGUUUCGGUGUGACGCGUUGAGAUGAUAGGCAAUGGGGAAUAAGCUUUGUGCACCCUUGUGGAAGAAACCUUACAGAGAUGGGGAAUCUCCGUGGUAUCCCAAGAAGGAUUCCCAUCUUCUUCGGAGGAUUACAGCAGGCUUCCAUAAGAGACUCUGGGCAGAGAUCUUCAAGGUGACAGCCAAUGAAGGUGAGCUGGGAUGGGAGCGCGUCUCGGAGGACGUGGUGCCGGUCAACAUCACGUGCAUACAGGAUAACCCGGGCACGGUGUUCCAGGUGACCGCGUACAGCCGACACGUGGAAAAGAUAUUCGAUACAAGACUAGUCCAACCAGGAACGAGGAUUACACAGUCUUCCGAAUGUUUUGUUCACUGGAAGGACGUGGAGAAUAACUGUGAAUGGGGUCUGAAUUUCACCACGGCGUUAGAUGCGAGGCGAUUCGUGGAUUGUUGUGAGACUUAUGCUCACCGAGUCUCGGCACGAAAAGCUACGUCAUCUACUUCACUGCGGCUCAGCCCUCCCAAGAAAUUGCGGGCGAAGAAGGCAACAUCUGCUCCAAACUCUCCCGCGUCCAAACCGCGGCGGACGGUCUCGUCACCGGAAGAUCUUGCCAGUACGAACGAACCCGGUACGAAUAAUAAACAUGCCGAUUAUGGUCCUUACGAUAACAUUCCAGGGCAUGGGCCGGUGGAGGGUACGGCGACAUUGCCUUCCCGCAUGCGACAGCAACGGACUGGAAACGAAGCCAAGUUUGGCGACCAGGUGCAUUUAGUUAAUCAACCGCCUUCAAACGUGUCAGUUUAUGAUAACCUAAGCGCAACAUUGCCACGGAAAGGUGUAAAAGUUGACAACCCAGCUCUCAGGACAAAAUAUGCAACUCGACAACAUAGUGAUCCCACUCAUGUGCCACCAAGUACUUCAGAUACGUUUCCACGGAAAUCUAUCUUGAAAGUGAAACAGGAUAAUUUUACCCAGAAUCCUCCUAGUCAAGUGAAUAAUUUAUCGGCCACGAGAUUGGGAACGUUGCAAAGUGAUCUAAAAAGUGAUAGACCCCCUAUAGCUGCCAAACCCAUAGUUGCCCCAAAACCUGCUCAACUUGGUGAAAAAUGUGAUAAAAAACCAAACGGACAAAUCGUUAAGGAUAGCAGAAAGACAGGUUCUGGGGAGGUGACUAAAGACUUGUUACCAGUGUCGCAGCGGUCACAUUCGCAUUCUUCGGAGGGUUCACCGGAAUGGCCCGCACCGCCUGAACCCCUGUCCCCCUGCAGUCCGGAUGUACCGGUUUACAAUGCAACAUUUGAUAGUGAUACCUUAAAACGUAUGCUACAGUGCCUGCCACUCUCUCCGCAGGACAGGAACGAUUAUCACGAUUUCGAAAUAUCACAUUCCAAUUUAGAUUCGCCGGUGACGCAAAGUCAACCGGUAUCGCCUAUGUCUGCGCCAUCCCCAACCGGGCCGCAAUUUGAAAGUAAACCUGUGCUACAGCGAACUCAGAGUCUGCGCGGCAGACGCGAUUCGAAAAAUCUUGAGAAUAUCGCCCAUGAGAUUGAGUUAGAAUUUCCUGUGGAUAAUCCUCCGGAUCAAGAGAUGCAAAAGAAGGGUGAUAAGAGCAGGGAUUAUGACAUGCGGACGCUCGGCGUUCAAGCGCGGGAUAGCUACCCCGAUUCUGGAAUAAGUGGAAUGACUUACGAUACCAUACAGUCGAUGGAUAGUAAGAAAUCUGCAACUAUGCCUCCUGGUCUUGGUGUCUUAGCUCAGGUAAAACGAAAGGGCAGCAAGGGCAAUCACGGUAGCUUAGGCCGCCAUGGGACAGAUCAACUAGAUGUCCGACCAUAUCUUCCUUCCUCUGAGAUUUCCUGUGAUGAAGAUAGUGAUGAUGAAGAAAGUGACAGUAGCAUUCACACUCUGCCUUCCGAAUCACAGUCCGCCAUGGCAAAACGAACGGGUGCAAUACGCAAAGCUGGGUAA